AUGGAGCCCAAUAUUUACCAACUUGCCCUUGCGGCUCUCUUUGGAGCUUCCUUCGUCGCUGUCUCGGGGUUUUUCAUGCAUUUCAAGGCACUCAAUCUAGUCCUCGAGCGUGGCAGGGAGAAGAAAGACAGCACCGAAGGAGGAGACUCGCCGCAGCAUCGGACCAGGCGGCGGAGCCAAGUUCGACGGAAAGGAAUCGACCACUACGGUCGCAGCCCCGCUUCGCUUCCAGAUGCUACGCCCUUUACCGGAGCAGCCGAUGCUGGCGGCGGCGGCGGUGGAAGUGAUGCAGGGCGCAACAACGGUCACGUUUAUGUCGAUGAAAUCCCUCCUGGUUUGCCCAGGCUUCAUACGCCAGCUGAAGGGAGAUCAUCUUCUGUACUUGGGACUAGUAUCAGGAAAACUGGAAGCUUUGUCAGACCAAUUUCUCCGAAAUCUCCAGUUGCUAGUGCUAGUGCCUUUGAGAGUGUGGAGGAAUCAGAUGAUGAUGAUAACAUGACAGAUAGUGCGGGCCUGGAUGCUUCCUACUUGCAAGCCAAUGGGGACGGUGACUUGCCUGCAGAUGCCACUGAAGAGCAAAUAUCUAUGGCUGCUUCGAGCAUGAUUCGAUCUCACAGUGUUUCUGGUGACUUACAUGGAGUUCAGCCUGAUCCUAUUGCCGCUGACAUUCUGCGUAAAGAGCCGGAGCAAGAAACCUUCGUCCGUCUUAAUGUUCCUCUUGAGGUGCCAACGUCCGAUGAAGUUGAAGCGUAUAAAUGUCUGCAAGAAUGUCUGGAAUUGAGGAAGAGAUAUGUCUUCCAAGAAACAGUUGCGCCAUGGGAAAAAGAAGUUAUAUCUGAUCCUAGUACCCCAAAGCCUAAUUUAGAGCCCUUUGCACACUAUCCUCAGGGAAAAUCUGAGCAUCAUUUUGAGAUGCAAGAUGGGGUAGUCCAUGUGUUUCCAAAUAAAGAUGUGAAAGAAGACCUCUUCCCGGUAGCUGAUGCCACAACGUUUUUCACUGACUUGCAUCAUGUACUCAAAGUUAUAGCUGCAGGAAACAUCCGGACAUUGUGCCACCGUCGCCUAGUGCUCCUAGAACAGAAAUUUAAUCUCCAUUUGAUGCUUAAUGCGGAUAAAGAGUUUCUUGCCCAAAAAAGUGCACCACAUCGUGAUUUUUAUAACGUUAGGAAAGUCGACACUCAUGUUCAUCACUCAGCUUGCAUGAACCAGAAACACCUUUUAAGGUUUAUCAAGUCAAAGCUCCGGAAAGAACCUGAUGAGGUCGUCAUAUUCCGGGAUGGAACAUAUUUGACAUUGAAAGAAGUUUUUGAGAGCCUGGAUCUGACUGGAUAUGACCUGAACGUCGACCUUUUGGAUGUUCAUGCUGACAAGAGUACCUUUCAUCGCUUUGAUAAGUUCAACCUUAAGUAUAAUCCCUGUGGUCAAAGUAGGCUUAGGGAAAUUUUCCUUAAACAGGAUAAUCUCAUCCAAGGUCGUUUUCUUGGUGAGAUAACCAAACAAGUUUUCUCGGACCUUGAAGCUAGCAAAUAUCAGAUGGCUGAAUACAGAAUAUCUAUUUACGGCAGAAAAAUGAGCGAGUGGGACCAACUGGCUAGUUGGAUUGUGAACAAUGAUCUAUACAGUGAGAAUGUUGUGUGGUUAAUUCAGCUUCCACGCCUGUACAACAUUUACAAGGACAUGGGUAUUGUGACAUCGUUCCAGAAUAUCCUUGACAAUAUAUUCAUUCCUCUGUUUGAAGCCACAGUAGAUCCCGAUUCGCAUCCCCAGCUCCACGUUUUUUUGAAGCAGGUUGUUGGGUUUGAUUUGGUCGAUGAUGAAAGCAAACCUGAAAGACGUCCCACAAAACACAUGCCCACUCCAGCUCAGUGGACUAACGCAUUUAAUCCUGCGUUUUCGUACUAUGUCUACUAUUGUUAUGCUAACAUGUAUGUGCUAAAUAAGCUUCGGGAGUCAAAGGGCAUGACUACCAUCACACUACGACCACAUUCUGGGGAGGCUGGUGACAUUGACCACUUGGCUGCUACAUUUCUCACAUGCCAUAGCAUUGCACAUGGAAUCAAUCUGCGAAAAUCUCCUGUGCUUCAGUAUCUCUACUACCUCGCCCAGAUUGGUCUGGCCAUGUCUCCACUGAGCAACAACUCUUUGUUUCUAGAUUACCACAGAAACCCUUUCCCGGUGUUUUUCUUAAGAGGUCUCAAUGUUUCUCUGUCUACGGAUGAUCCCCUUCAGAUUCAUUUAACAAAAGAACCUCUCGUGGAAGAGUAUAGCAUAGCUGCCUCCGUUUGGAAGCUGAGUUCGUGUGACCUGUGCGAGAUAGCUCGUAACUCAGUGUACCAGUCAGGUUUCUCACAUGCCCUGAAGUCACACUGGAUUGGAAAAGACUACUACAAGAGAGGACCCGACGGAAACGACAUUCACAAAACAAAUGUGCCUCACAUAAGGGUGGAGUUCCGUGACACGAUCUGGAAAGAGGAGAUGCAACAAGUUUAUCUAGGCAAUGCUAAAAUCUCAGACGAAGUUGUUCCAUAA